UAAACAUUUUCUCAUACACUCACACCCUCUUUUCUCUUCCUCAUACAAAAUUUCACUUGGGUCAUUCCCAAUUCCCAAACCACCAACAACAACAAAAUGAUGAACACAAAAACAUGUUUUCUCACAACCACCUUAACAAAUAUAUCAUUUUUUUAUGUAAUUUUUUUCCUUCCAACACUUGUUUCAUGUACCACAACAUGCACAUGUGACACAGAACAAACCAAACAAAAUGAUGAAAACAAUAAAACCCUUCAUUACAAACUUGGUUCAAUUGCUUCUAUCCUUAUUUGCGGUGCUGUUGGUGUAAGCCUACCAUUAUUAAGCAAAAGAGUUCCAAUUCUAAGUCCUAAUAAUGACUUAUUUUUCAUGAUUAAAGCCUUUGCGGCAGGGGUGAUUUUAUCAACCGGUUUCAUUCACAUACUUCCGGAAGCAUUUGAGAAAUUGAAUUCACCUUGUCUUAAGGAAAAUAUUUGGGGGAAUUUUCCAUUUGCUGGAUUUGUUGCUAUGUUGUCUUCAAUUGCUACUUUGAUGGUUGAUUCAUUUGCUAGUGGCUAUUAUCAUAGGCAACAUUUUAAUAAUAAUAACCUUUCAAAACAAGUUCCUCAUGAUGAUGUUGAAAUUGGAGGUAAUGAACAUGUUGGUCAUAUACAUGUUCAUACACAUGCUACACAUGGUCAUGCUCAUGGAUCAACUAAUUCUUCUCAUGAUUCAAUUUCAUCUGAAUUAAUUAGGCAACGUAUCAUAUCACAAGUGUUGGAGCUAGGAAUUGUGGUCCAUUCAGUGAUUAUUGGAAUAUCUUUAGGCACUGCACAGAGCAUUGAUACCAUUAAGCCUCUCCUAGUGGCUUUGUCUUUCCAUCAAUUUUUUGAAGGAAUGGGGCUUGGUGGUUGCAUAUCUCAGGCAAAAUUUGAGUCUAGGUCUACAACAAUUAUGGCAACAUUUUUCUCCCUAACAACACCAAUUGGGAUAGCAAUUGGGAUAGCAGUAUCAAGUGUAUACAAAGAGAAUGAUCCAACUUCUUUAAUUGUUGAAGGGGUUUUCACUUCUGCUUCAGCUGGAAUUUUGAUUUACAUGGCAUUAGUUGACCUACUUGCAGCAGAUUUUAUGAGCCCAAGGUUGCAAAACAAUUUGAAAAUGCACUUUGCAGCAAAUAUUUCACUUCUUUUAGGUGCAGGUUGCAUGUCAUUGUUGGCCAAGUGGGCCUAAGUUUUUAAGUGUUUCAGAUUCCUUCCAUUUGGUUUUACUUUUUUUUUAUCUCCCUUUUAUAUUAUUAUAUUUAUUUUUCUUAAUA